CUCUGCUGUGUGAAGGACAUCGCCACUGUCAGCAGUACAGGACAGGCUGCAUUCAGAUCACACCAAGCCUGUAGAGCUGGCUGCUGGACUAACAUGAUGGCUUCUAAGUGAAUGAACCCAGGAGUAUAGUGGAAACUAUUGCUGGUCAACAUGGACCCUCCAGAGAAGCCCCAGAAGACGCAGGAAUCCAUAGAGCUGCCUGUUGCCCCAGAUGGAGGCUACUCCUGGUUUAUCCUGGUCUCCUGCUUCUUCGUGUUCGGCCUGACCUUUGGUGUGGUUAAGUCCUUCGGUGUGUUUUAUGUUGAGAUCCAUCAGUACUUUGAAACCACAGCAGCAGGGACCUCAUGGAUCACCUCUAUCACAGUGGCCACGAUUCACAUUGCAGCCCCGAUAGCCUCUGCUCUGAGUGCACGAUUCAGUCAUCGCUCUGUGGUCUUCAUGGGUGGGCUCAUAUGCAGUGCAGCAGUUGGGUUGGGAUCCUUAGCCCGUAACCUGACUGAACUCUACAUCACUGUUGGUUUUCUAAAUGGUUUCGGCUAUGCGUUAACCUGGACCCCAACAGUAACCAUGCUGGGAAUGUACUUUGAGAAGAGGCGUCCCAUGGCAAACGCCUUGGCAAGUGCUGGAGAAUGCAUUCUUACCUUCAGCCUCACCCCUCUGUUCCAGCUGUUGAUCGACAGUUUCUCUUGGCGGGGAGCUUUGCUAAUCCUGGGGGGACUGCAACUCCACCUGUGUGUUUGUGGUAUGCUGCUCAGGCCUCUGAGAACUUUAAGACACGCUCAUAAGGUCAGAGAGGAGGAGGGAAGCCCCCUAAAGAAGGGCUUGGAUGAAACCAAGCUUAACUUUCGAGUAGAAAGUGAACUUAACAUAAUGGAAAUGUCUGAUCAGGAAACUAUCAAUGUUGAAGUUCCUGAUGAGACGUCUAGUUUGACCAAAAACUCUACAAGGAAUCCAAAAAGCUGCAAACUAAGGACUGGAAUUCAAAACUAUGUGGAUUACACGCUCAUCACAAAUGGCAGGUUCAUGGUUUACUCCAUGUUCGGGGUGUUUGCUGCACUGGGGUUCUUCGCUCCAUCUCUGUUCCUGGUUCCAUAUGCCCGCAGUAAAGGCAUCAAAGAAUACCAGGCAGCUGCCCUCAUGUCCAUCUCUGCAGUGUUGGACCUCUUUGGACGAGUGUUCUUCGGUUGGGUGGCAAACCUGAGACUCAUUAAGACGGUCCAGCAGCUGACGGUGACAGUGAUUCUGCUCGGUACCGUUUUACUCCUAUGUCCUCUGGCGUCAACUUUCUCACAGCUGGUUGCUUUCAGUGCCGCUCACGGCCUGGUUUAUGGCGCCACAGUCGCCAUCCACAUCACGGUGCUGCCUGAGAUUGUAGGGGUGGAAAAACUUGGAAGUGCUCUGGGGUUUUUCAUGCUCAUACGCAGCAGCGGAGGCCUGCUUGGACCACCAAUUGCUGGUUUCUUCAUUGACAAGAUGGAUAAUUAUGGCACAGGCUUCCUGAUGUCUGGAGUGGCUCUCAUUGUCUCUGCGCUGUUCCUUCUAAUUCUCCAUCAGAUGAGCAGACGGGAUCAGGGAACAGUCACAGCUACAAACAAUGAUCAGAAAUAGAAAAGACUGAGUCAAAGUGUCCCUGCAGAAGGAAAAUAGCCAGCUAUGAUAAAAACACUGUCUGUGGUUCAUACUGUGUGUUCAGAUCCAACCUGAAUCCAAGUAUCAUCCAGUGUAAGGGUACGAGAGGUUAGAGCUUAGUGAAUUAGGUCAUGUAAAACAUAAUCUGCAGGAUCAUCUCUGUAUUAUCAGUUUUGAAAUAUGAAUCGGGAGAAUGCAUUACAGUGUUGUUAUAAUAAAAUAAUCAACCAAACACAAACCUUACUUUUCUGUAAAAGGAUUAAAAGAAUGGUUUCUUAAAGUAAAUUCUAAUUUCAUCCUUGUUUCUCUGUCAGUAGUUUUGUAAACAAACCUCCUUGCUUGUCUUGUAGAACUGAACUUACCUGAAGCUGUUUUAUGAAGAAGAGUCAUUGUUUGU